AAUUCACUGUCACCAUGCCUCCGAAGAAAGCUCUCCCGUCCGAGAAGAAGGCGCUGAUCGGGCGCGUGGGCACCAACCUCAAGGUCGGCAUCGUCGGCCUGCCGAACGUCGGCAAGUCGUCCUUCUUCAAUGUCCUCACCAAGUCGCAAGCGCAGGCGGAGAACUUCCCCUUCUGCACCAUCGACCCGAAUGAGAGUCGCGUGCCGGUGCCCGACGCCCGGUACGACUUCCUGGUGGAGCACUACAAGCCGGCCAGCAAGGUGCCAGCCUUCCUGAACGUGACGGACAUCGCCGGCCUGGUGAAGGGCGCCAGUGAGGGACAGGGCCUCGGCAACGCGUUCCUCUCGCACAUCAAGGCCUGCGACGCCCUCUUCCAUCUAUGUCGCGCGUUUGACGACGAUGACGUGACACACGUGGAGGGCGAGGUGGAGCCUGUGCGCGACCUGGCCAUCAUCAACGAGGAGCUGCGGCUCAAGGAUGAGGCCUACCUGCUGCCCUUCAUCGAGAAGUUCGAGAAGAACGUGCUCCGCUCGGACAAGAAGGCCAAGCCCGAAUAUGACAUCCUCCUCAAGAUCAAGUCUGUUCUAUGCGAAGACAAAAAACAUCUGCGCUUCCAGGAGUGGAACGCCAAUGAGAUCGAGGUGCUAAAUAAGCACCUGUUCCUGACCGCCAAACCCGUCAUCUACCUGGUGAAUCUCUCCGAGAAGGACUUCAUCCGGAAGAAGAACAAAUGGCGCGUUUGACGACGAUGACGUGACACACGUGGAGGGCGAGGUGGAGCCUGUGCGCGACCUGGCCAUCAUCAACGAGGAGCUGCGGCUCAAGGAUGAGGCCUACCUGCUGCCCUUCAUCGAGAAGUUCGAGAAGAACGUGCUCCGCUCGGACAAGAAGGCCAAGCCCGAAUAUGACAUCCUCCUCAAGAUCAAGUCUGUUCUAUGCGAAGACAAAAAACAUCUGCGCUUCCAGGAGUGGAACGCCAAUGAGAUCGAGGUGCUAAAUAAGCACCUGUUCCUGACCGCCAAACCCGUCAUCUACCUGGUGAAUCUCUCCGAGAAGGACUUCAUCCGGAAGAAGAACAAAUGGCUGGUUAAGAUCAAGGAGGCUGUGGAGCAGAGCGACCCGGGCGCACUGAUCGUGCCCUUCUCAGCCGCCUUCGAGAACAAGGUGAUCGACAUGUCGCCUGAGGAGAAGAAAGCGUUUGAGGAGGAGACCAAGGCCAACAGUCAGCUGGAGAAGAUCAUCGUGGCCGGCUACAAGGCGCUGCAGCUGCAGUACUUCUUCACCUGCGGUCCGGACGAGGUCAAGGCCUGGACCAUCCAGGCCGGGACCAAGGCGCCCCAGGCUGCUGGCCGGAUUCACACAGACUUCGAGAAGGGUUUCAUCAUGGCCGAGGUGAUGAAGUACAAGGACUUCCACGAGCUAGGGUCGGAAGCUGCCGUCAAGGCGGCCGGAGGCUACCGUCAGCAGGGCAAGACGUACGUCGUCGAGGACGGCGACAUCAUCUACUUCAAGUUCAACGCUGGCGCUGGGCUGAGUGGCAAGAAAAAGUGAACGCGCGCGCGCGCACGAGAUUGCCCUAGGAUUGGAAUUGUUGUCCAUGAAGUGUGCGCGGCUGGUGUUUUGAGGCGGCCGCGCGGCUGGGGAGGCGCACCCCGCGGUGUGACAUGCGCCGUCAGUGAUGCGGGGAGUGCGCCGGUGACAGGCUAUUAGCAUGUUUCGGGCGGUGGCGGCUGGCAUCGGGCCAGGCCCGGGUUGUGGGCCGCACGCCGCCUGCAGCAGCUGCAGCCCCGGCUGGCCGGCACGCGCAGCCCGGCUCCCAGUUGGCGGGCGGCGCUCGUUAGAGUCCCGCUUGUCAGUCGUCGCCGCCCGUCCGGAAAGGACGAUCGCCCGACCGACGGCGAGGCGACGCUGACGGCGCGCGCGCGCUAAACGGGCCGCGCCGGCUGCGAACCGCAACGCGCAGAUGAUGCAUUGCAUGGGAUGCAGGGGUGGUUGGGGUUUCGAAAGGGCGUGCGAUCUGGCCACACAUUACUAACCUGGUAAACGACGUGCUGAGUCCCAUUGGUGACUAAGGUUAUUUGCCCAGUAUCUGCGCUUGACCUAGUCGGCGUGGCCUGCGUAAUUUCAUAAAUCCUAUUAAACUAAUCGUUACACUGUUUUCUAAACGAGCAUGUGGCCUAAUUACGCUGUGUUUUUUGCGUUGUGUGGCUUAACUUUCAAAACUGCGAAAUAUAUUUCUUGCGGGGUUGUA